UAACCUCUCAACCGCUACGCGGAGAGCUCUGUUCCCUCCUCCCUCCUCCGCGUUCCCUAUAAAUUCCUGUUCAAUCCCUUCCCAACUCUCGAACAUCUCCCAGGAGGACCCAAGCAACUGCAAAGAUCACAUUCUCCUCGUAACACUCAAGAUUUAUGAACUCAGAUGAUAUGGACUCAGGACUCAGGAGUUAUUAUUAGGAUUAUCAGUGAUGUUUUUUCCUACUGCAUUCGAUGCAUAUGAACAAUUGAAGAUCCUCUUUUUUAAUCACCUCAAGAUGUUUGAACUCAGAUGCUACGGACUCUGGAGUAAUUAGGAUUAUCAGUGAUGUUUUCCUACUGCAUUUGAUGCAUAUGAACAAAUAUGAUUUAGGACGAUCACAUUUCUCAUCAGCUCUCAGGACUGAAGAUGUUUAAUUCGAUUAUAGAUUAUAGAUGUAUAACUAAAAUUCUUUUUAGUUUAUCAGAUUUUGUUCACUUGGAUUCGAACAAGAUCAUAUAUAUGAUAUAUCACUUAAAAUUGAGUGAGCUAAUAUGUCACUGAGCAUGGAAUCAUUCAGUCAGGACUGAGAUAAUCAACUUCACUUUAUAGUUUGUAAAAUUUGAGAUGGGAUUUGUUUUUAAGUCUGUAUAGGGGAGGGGUUCUUUGAGGUAAUGGACCUGCUCUCAACCUACAGAAAACCACUUAUUUAUUUUUAAAGGUAAUGACUUUACCUUUCAUCUAUACACUUACCUUGGCUUGACCCUGGAUGGAUGCAUGCUUGGAUUUUCUAUAAAUGAUAGUAACUGCAAAAGUUGAUAUCAUAUUUGUUACCACCAUUGUAAUGUUACACUGUAUUUCCAUAUGUCUAUGAGAUUUAUUCCUUCCAUCAAUUACUUCUAUUCUCUAGGUAAAUUAUCAAUGGGUUCACAACCAGUAGAAGAUUUUAUAGAGGCUUCGCCUGGAGUUCAUUAUUCAGGAUUCCAUAUGGAGGGGCCAAAUUCUUCAGACAUUGAGAAACCAACGACUUCAACGGGUGUAAAUGUGCUUAAACAGCCCUUUGUGAUUGGAGUUGCUGGAGGUGCUGCAUCUGGAAAGACCACAGUUUGUGAUUUGAUUAUUGAGCAGCUUCGUGAUCAGCGUGUAAUCCUAGUUAACCAGGAUUCUUUCUACCAUAAUUUGACACCUGAGGAACUAACAAAAGUUCAUGAAUACAACUUUGAUCAUCCUGAUGCAUUUGACACUGAGCAAUUAUUGUCUGUCAUGGAUAAACUGAAGCAUGGGCAAGCAGUAGACAUCCCAAAAUAUGACUUCAAGUGUUACAAGAACAAUGUAUUUCCAUCUCGAAGGGUAAAUCCUUCAGAUGUCAUAAUUUUAGAAGGCAUUCUUAUUUUUCAUGAUCCUCGUGUGCGAGAUCUAAUGAAUAUGAAGAUAUUUGUAGAUACAGAUGCUGAUGUACGUCUUGCCAGGAGAAUAAGACGUGACACAGUUGAAAAGGGUAGAGAUAUUGCUACAGUACUUGACCAGUACUCAAAGUUUGUCAAAAGAGCUUUUGAUGAUUUCAUUCUUCCAACAAAGAAGUAUGCUGACAUAAUCAUUCCUCGUGGUGGAGACAAUCAUGUUGCUGUUGACUUGAUUGUGCAACACAUUAGGACAAAACUUGGUCAACAUGAUCUAUGUAAAAUAUAUCCUAAUCUUUAUGUCAUUCAAUCAACUUUUCAGAUACGAGGCAUGCACACGCUUGUCCGUGAUUCCAAAACAACAAAACAUGAUUUUGUAUUUUAUGCUGAUCGGCUGAUCCGUUUGGUAGUUGAACAUGGUCUUGGGCAUCUUCCAUUUACUGAAAAGCAGGUGAUCACUCCAACUGGAUCUGUGUACUCUGGUGUUGAUUUCUGUAAGAGAUUAUGUGGAGUUUCUGUAAUUCGAAGUGGUGAGAGUAUGGAAAAUGCAUUGCGAGCAUGUUGUAAGGGUAUAAAGAUUGGGAAGAUCCUUAUUCACAGAGAGGGUGACAAUGGUCAGCAGCUUAUCUAUGAAAAACUCCCGGAAGACAUUGCAGAGAGGCACGUCUUGCUGUUGGAUCCUAUCCUAGGCACAGGGAAUUCAGCCGUGGAAGCUAUUUCUUUGUUGCUAAAGAAAGGUGUACCUGAGUCCAACAUUUUAUUCCUAAAUCUUAUAUCGGCACCCCAAGGAGUACAUAUGGUGUGCAAACGUUUCCCAAGAAUAAAGAUCGUAACAUCCGAAAUUGAAAUGGGUCUGAAUAAAGACUUCCGUGUGAUUCCUGGCAUGGGGGAGUUUGGGGAUCGUUAUUUCGGCACCGACGAAGAUUAAACACGGAGACCUGACCUCAGCCCAGCCUUCCCACCGAUUAUACCACAAAUUCUUUCAGUUUCUCAAUGACGGACCGGAGUACCCAACCCUCCUAUAAAAAUCUAUAAUUUUGCUGUUUUAUUUUAUUUUAUCUUUUCUCAUUGAGUCACCCCCUCCAAUUCUUUUUGAAAUAUAAAAAGAAAUAAACAACAAACAAGCAUCACGGAAGCACUGUAUUUUUAAUUUCUUAAAUUAAACAUCACUAUUUUUCCCACUU